AUGAGGCGCAUUCUCUGGUAAGGACGCAGUCAUGAGAGGGAUGCAGGCCAGGCCCUGUACGUGUGUGUUCCCGCUUGUCCUGUCCUGCAGAUGUCCCCGUGGCCGAGCAGAGACCACGAGACCACCAGCGGGGUUGUUGAAGCAGGUGUCAAGUGGGCCUGGAGGCAGGUAAGAGCAACACACAACGAUUUGGGGGUGAGCAAGGGCGCCAUCUGUCUGUUCUGCGUGCUUUCAGGCAUCUGUCGACCACCAUUGACCACGCCAGCGUGUUUGUCCUGUUUUCGCUGAAUCACGCGCGUGAGCAUCUGGCAGAUGGGUUCGCGAGCCAGGGUGCCCGAAGAGGAGGCAUUCUCCACCGAGGCCCUGAAGUGCUCUGUGUUUCGUUCGUGCGCACCGGUAAGCCGCCGAGCGACCAGCAAGUGUGAUGUGCCGACCCCCCUGCCCUGAGCUAGUUAUCGGUGUGUGAUUUGUGUGAUUGCUUAUUUGAUUUGAUUGUCCACCAGGUGUUGUCAUCGAUGGGCAUCGAUGACGAAGUGCUGGACAGCAAGUACCACAAGUGCUACUGUGACAAGUGCUGCCGGGCCAGGGGCGAGCGCAAGGGCAUCUACUACACCCGGUGAGCGAGCGGCCACACAGCCAUACACACCACACACACCACACACACCACACACGCCCCUCAAUGAUUCUUUCGUCCACCCCAUUCCCAUUAUUCUUAACCCAGAGGGACCCCCCCGACGAUGUACGCCCUUCCCUUUGGUUGGUGUCGCUUCGCCCUUCGGCUGAGCCAGGACGAGCUGGACAAGUUCCGCACCUGGAACGUGUCCUUCCACGGCACACACAAGGACAGCGUCCGCGGCAUCGUCCGCGACAGGCGGCUGCGGGUGCCCGACAACAAGUCCAUCUUCAUCCGGGACGGCCACCUGCCCGACCAGUUCUACUACUUCACCACACCCUCCGUCGUCUACGCGUCCUUCGGGCUGUAUGCCGAACCCUUCGAAGUGAGGGAGGGGGGAUGCACACACACACACGCAGACAGACAGACACACAGGCUGACUUGUCUAUAUGUGGCCUGGUGUGGUGUGGUGGUUGCGUUGGUUGGAUGGAUUGCAGCACGACGGUCAGCUGUGGCAGGUGCUGGUGCAGCUGCUGCAGCGGCCCGGCAGCUUCGAAAAGGGCUUCGAGACGUCGGGACUGGGUACGGCAGGCAGGCAGGCAGGCAGACCAGAUGGCAAGACAACGCGAUAUGUGCCUGCAUCCAUCCAUUUCUCCACCUGUCUGUCUGUGUGUCUGUCUGUCUGUGUGUGUGUGUGUCAGGUAUGAUCCACCUGGACCCCGGUUUCCCCAACCACGAGGUGGAGUGGAAGUCGAAUGUGGACGGUGCGGCGGUGGUGUACGCCGUGCUGGUGCGUCCCAUCCCCAACAGGGAGCCCGAGGGGCUGGUCUACCCACACGGCACCUUCUUCAGAAUACGCAACUACUCCUGGUACCAGCCCUUCGACGGAUCGCCGCCAUUCUUCCCCUCCAGCCAGCUGUUCAACAACACCAGCAGUGGCCAGGGGGGGAGCAGCAGCAGUGGCAGCAGCAGCAGGGGGGCAGGUGCUGCUGCGCGGGGCGGGCAGCUCACACAGCAGCUGAUUAGGGUGAGUGAAGACGUCAUGGGGUCGCACCAGGCCCCUCACCCGCACCCACACCACAGUGCCGCUGUGCCAGCAUCCCCGGUCCCCUCGGCCCCCUCCGCCCCUCAGCUGGGCAGCGGCUCACUGUCGAAUGCGCAGAACGGCCGUCCCACCCUCCCUCAUCACUCGUACGUUGUGAGUGGACACCACCACCACCAGCCCGCCCCCUCCUCACACCCACCACCUCAUGUGCCGCCACUUUGGCCACAUGUGGCGGGCCAGCCGCCCCCAUUGUACUACUAUCCCCCUCCUGCUGCCGCUGCUGCUGCUGGUGGUGGUGGAGCACCCUCCCUCCCCCAUAUGUCGAUGCCGGCCAACGUGGUGACGGUGCCGCCCGGGAGCACCGUGUGGAUCAUGCACACGGGCCGGUAG